ACUGUGCGUGCGUCAGUGAGAGCGUGUGGAGGAAUGUGCCUAAACUUUUCCCUCUGCACUCUGCGUCUGUGACCGAAAAGUGCCUCAUCUGGACCAUAAACUCGACUAAAGUGGUGCCAACUUGAGCAAGUGCAUCAUGUCUCUGGGGCUGUUCUCGUCUCCGGCGCCGCAGCUCGUGAUGCUCGCCAACGUUGCAGCGGUCACAGCGGAGGUUGGAGGGGCCUCUGUCUCCACGGUGCUGUCCGAGGGAGGCGGGGUCUGCUCAGAAGGGGGCGCAGCUAAAGAGAUGAUGGAACUGAAGACGGUGGGGGAGAACUUCUCUGAUGAUGAGGAUGAGAACAUAAUCAGAUACAGUUAUGAUGACCAGAGCCAGCGGGAGGUGUGCAUUGUGGAGUACCCAGAAUCACCUGCGUUCACCCCCAUUACCGUGGGACAGGGAGAAGAUAUGGACACACAUGAAGCACCAGAGGCACGGGAUCCGACCCCACCCACCAAGCUCCUGACUCCGCCCUCAACUGCAGAGUCUGCCCCAAGUCCAGAGAAGAAGAGCAAGAAGAAACCGUUCCACUGUAAACCAUGCAACUUCCAGGCAAAAACUGAAUCAGAGUUUGUGGAGCAUCUGCAGACUCACGCUGUCAGUAAGAUGAUUGUAGUCAAUAAGGUGGAGGGGCGGAGCCAUAAGGGCAAGGAGGCGGAGGCAUCACACGAGGAACCGGAGAAGACCAAUCAGAGCGCAGCAGGAGGCGAAAUCAAGGGACUGAUUCGCUGUGAGAGAUGUGGAUACAACACAAACAGAUAUGACCAUUAUAUCAGUCAUCUGAAGCACCACAGCAAAGACCAGGACCACAGAGUCUUCAAGUGCACGCUGUGUCCCUACACCACGGUGAGCCAGUAUCACUGGAGGAAGCACCUGAGGAACCACUUCCCUAGCAAACUGCACACCUGCAGCCAGUGCUCCUACUUCAGUGACCGCAAGAGCAACUACAUCCAGCACAUCCGCACGCACACAGGUGUGCGGCCCUUCCAGUGCCCCUACUGUGACUAUUCCAGCUCCCAGAAGACCCACCUGACCCGCCACAUGAGGACGCACUCUGGCGAGCGUCCGUUCAAGUGCGAGACCUGUAACUACCUGGCAGCCAAUCAGCAUGAGGUGACGCGCCACGCCCGCCAGGUGCACAAUGGGCCCAAGCCACUGGCUUGUCCCUACUGUGACUACAAGACUGCUGACCGCAGCAACUUCAAGAAGCACGUGGAGCUGCACCUCAACCCGCGCCAAUUCAACUGCCCACUGUGCAAGUACGCCGCCUCCAAGAAGUGCAACCUCCAGUACCACAUCAAGUCCAGGCACGCCGGCUGUGAUGUGAACCUGGACAUCUCCAAAGUCAAACUGAGGGUGAAGAAGGCCGACUCAGAGAGCAGGGGGGACCGAAGCGCAGAUGAAGAAUCCUACGUGGACCUGGGAGAAGAUCUAGAUGAAGAUGAAGAGCCUGCAAGUCCCAUCAAUCUGUCCAUCAAGAACAAGAAGCCCCAGGAAGAGGCGAAGAAGUCCGGAGACAACGGGAGAGAUGUGGACAAGAAGCUCAAGCAGAAGAAGAUGGAGGAUUUUGUGAAGGCAGUUGAAAGGAUGACGCCCAAAAAGCGUAGCAAGAAAGCAGACAAGGUGCAGGACAAGUCUGAGCAGAAGGAGCAGGAGAGAGCUAAAAUGGAGGAAGGUAAAGGUGCGCAGAAGAAGGACAAGAAGGAGGAGGAGAGAGCCAAAAUGGAGGACGGCAAAGGUGCACUGAAGAAGGACAAAAAGGAGGAGGAGAGAGCCAAAAUGGAGGAUGGCAAAGGUGCACUGAAGAAGGACAAAAAGGAGGAGGAGGAGAAAGCUAAAAUGGAGGAUGGUAAAGGUGUGCCAAAGAAGGACAAGAAGAAGGAGGAGGAGAGAGCUAAAAUGGAGGAUGGUAAAGGUGUGCCGAAGAAGGACAAGAAGAAGGAGGAGGAGAGAGCCAAAAUGGAGGAUGGUAAAAGUGCAGUGAAAAUGGACAAGAAGGCAAACAAAAUGGCAAAUAUAAAAGUGGUCAAGAAAGCCAAGACAUCUAAACGGAAGGCAGCGGAGGUGUUGGACCUGUCGCAGAAAGUGGAGAGUCCUGCCAAAAUAAAGAAGGUCAGAGAAGCAGAAGAGAAACCCAAGAGGAAGAAGAGUAAAAAAGGAGGGGAUAAUCCAACCGAGCAGGGUCAGGAGGUCCAAAAGGAAGUCAAGGGAUCCUCAGCGGUCAAUGGGCAUCUUCUAGAAAGCCGUAUCAUAAUAGGUGAUCAGGAAGCAGCUCCAGAGGUGGUCCAAAAUAUGCCAGAGAAGAUGGAGGUUGUGUCUGAAGAGUUGUCAAAGGAAGUGAGUAAAUCUGACACUACUGUGCUGUCUGAAAAUGUGUGCCAGAGCUUACCGGAGAAGACUACAGAGGAGGUGGCGGGUCUAAUGGAACAAUCCAACAAGAAAAUACAAGAAAAUGGAGAGAAGAUAGAUCUAGAGAUUGUGAACAAAUCUCAAAAGAAAGGGGAGAAGAGUCCAAAGAAAUCCACCAAAAAGAAGGGAGUUUUGGUGGAGGAUGUGGCUAGUAAACUGGCUCUGAAUAAGGAGUCUGAGAUGGUGCUGAACUGUGAAAAAGCUGCCCAGGCUGAGGUGGAACCAGUGGAGAAGCCCACUCAGACUGUGUCCGAGUUGGACACGGAACCCACCACCUCAGAAGAGUGUUCUCCAAGGUCUGAGAAGGUCCAGUCUCCUCCACAAACUCCGUCUCCUUCCAGAGAGGUGUUUGUGAAGCCAUCAGGCCGCCCUCCUCUGUUCCUCCAGCGGCAGGCGUCCAGUAGCAGCAGCAGCUCCACCAAACCUGUGGAGAGCGAGGAGGACGAGGGCAUCCACGAGGGGCUCCACGAGGGGGCCAGCGACGCAUCUGACAGCGCCUCCGAGUGCAGUGACGACUCGGGGCUCAAGAUGCUCACUCCCACGGAUGACAUGCCCACGCCCACCGAGCUCAAGGCCCACCUCUGCAUCUUCUGUGACCGCACCUUCCCCUUUAAGAGUGACUACCAGCGCCACCUCAACCGCCAUCUGGUCAAUGUCUACUACAUGGACCACAGCAAGGCCAACAAGUGAACCUACCCUUUAAGAGCACCUACCCACAUCAGCUCAACCGCCGCCUAGGCAACAUCUACUACAUGGACCAUAGCAAGGUCCCUUUGAGAGCGACUAUAGUAAGACUGGCAAUUGGCCUGGUCCUUUAAGAGCAACGACCACAAUACCAAUAAGUGACCUACCCCUUUAAGAGCAUUACAGUAAGGCCAGCAAGUGACCUGCCCCUUUAACAGCCAAUACAGUUGACAAGUUAAUAUGUAACCUUCCCCUUUAAAAGCAACUAUAGUGAGGCCAAAUACUUAAAUAAUUGCUUUUCAAUUUUUGAAUAUAUGGUUUUGAAGUCAGUAUCAAAGUGCAUUCUUUUUGCUCUCCUGCCAUAUCAUUGUACUAUAGCGUAAUUAUGGGGAUGUCGAUGUGACAACCACUCUGCCACUGUGCUGGACCUGAUGUCACGUAUCAAUAUAUCAAUUCUUCUGUAAACGGUAAAAUGGAGUGCUCUAAACAUGAAGCCAAUAUUUUUUUGUAAGAUAACAAUACAACUUUGAAGUAGACUUUUAGACUGUGCCUUUUUGGGGUCAAAUCUGUAAUGGUGGUGAGUUAUUCAGUGUGUUUGUUUUUUUUUCACAUGAGAUUAGAUUACACCUGUCUGUAAACAAUGAAGCUCUGCCAUGUUUUUAAGCACUAACCAGGUGUGAAUAUCAAAUUACUACUUUUGCACAUCUAUUUUGAAAGCCGUUUUGACGCCAAGCAUCAGACUGUCGAGAGAAAUACAUGGUUUCAUCUUUUUGAAAAUAUGAUACAGAAUUUGGGGUUUUGUAAAAAUAAAUGAAUGCUUAUCUUUCAGAACUGUCAUAUUCUAUACCACUUCUUGUCUCCAGCAUUAUGAAGUCCUGAACUUUGAACUUACUGUAGUUAACCCCGCUACAGGCCCAUAGCAGCUGGGACACCUCUCUUCUGAUGCUUGGAUUCUGUAAAUAAAAUGUAAAGUUUGUUUAAGUUUAGGUUAGCCACAUUUUGACAACUACGUGUGUAGUCUCUGUAAAGAAUAAUGUUUUUUUGUGCAUUUGUGAAAAUUCUGUCCAGUUUUUAACCGAAAGUGCCUUUUGACUAUCACUUUUUUGGCAGCUUUGUCGAGCUGUUGAAUCCGAGUUUGUUUUACUGUAAAUAGGUUGUGUUUUGUACUCCACACCAAAGACACACAUUAAA